AGUGUCAACUCAUGUCAAAUUAAAUAGGAAUAGGUUACAAAAAAUUGUGUUUGAGCUUAAUUGUGUGUGGAAUUUUUAAAUCAGAGAUAUUUUUAUCACGAUUUUUUAUAGAUUAAGUCAAUUUACAAUAAACACACAAUCAUGGGUGGCGGAGACUUGAAUACAAAGAAAGCUUGGCACCCUAGUAAUUAUAAAAAUCAAGAACGUGUUUGGAAGGCUGAGCAAGCUGCGGCACAAGAAAAGAAACGGAUAUCGGAACUGCAGCGGGAACGUGCCGAGGAAAGGGACAGAGAGCAGUUGAACGAAAUAGCCAAACGUACUGCUGGCGGGGGCAGCUCGCCUAACGAUAAUCGUUUACACUGGAUGUAUGAUAAACCUGAUAAAAAGGUACAACAAGAAGACUAUCUUCUCGGAAAAUCUAUUGACACUAGUCAUGAUCAGACUGCUAAAGAUAACCAAGAUGUUAUCCCGGCGGUGGCUCGGAGAGUCGUUGGCUCCAGCAUGACGGCCAUGUCAAGUGAUACACAAGUUGAUCUAGCUCGGAAACUUAGAGAAGAUCCCUUGUUGCUGAUAAAAGAGAGAGAAAGAGCUGCGAGGGCAGCACUUUUGAACAAUCCUCUCCAGCGACGUCGCCUGACAGAGUUGUUAAGGAAAGAACAAGAUCAGUCUAAGACGAAAAAGGAUGAAAAGAAAUCGAAGAAGAAACACAAUGACCUGGAUAAUAUUUUAGCAGCAAAAUUAAAUGCAUUAGGUGCAAAAAAGGGGGUUGAUUUAAAAACUUUGCUUGCUUCAGGUGAUGAUUCUUCCUCCGAAUCAUCAUCAGAUGAGAGCAAGCAUAAAAAGAAAAAGGAAAAGAAAAAGAAGAAGAAGAAAAGUAAAAAGCAAAACAAAAAUAAAAACAAUUCUGAUUCUGAUGUAUCUGAAAAAGAAAGUAAAAACGACUUGAGACAUGUCAGAAAACAAGAUAAAGAUUAUAAAUUUGAUGAAAUACAACAUAAGAGGAAGUCUGAACACUAUGAUGAUUAUGACCAACAUAAAACAAAGAAACACAGAGGGGAUAUGACCAUAGAUAGUAGAUAUAGCCGAGAGAAACAUCGUGAUCUAAGCAACGAAGACUAUAAAAGGAGUUCCAAACAAAGUACAUCAUCUCAUAAAGAUAACCAUAGAGAACAGAGGGAAAGGCAAGAUCAUAAAGGGAAAGGGCGGGUAGGUAUGAGUGCAGAGGAAAAGGCAGCCAAGCUAGCGGAAAUGGCCGCUGCGGGGGCGGAGCGUGAGUUACAGCGCGGCCGGCGCGUCGCUGAACAGUUGGCGGAAAAGGAGGCUUCAGAAAAGAGUUCGAAUAUUCCUCGAUCUUCCCGCCAUGAAGCGCGUGCUCUCCCAGACUCCCUUGAGAGCCGCAUUCAUUCUAACAGACAUUACAUUCAGCGUGAUCGGAAGCACAUGGAUGAACACUUUGCUCGAAGGUAGCAUAUCUUGUUACCUUAAUAUUUCUAAAA